CACGUGCGAUGACAGCCCUUAACUUGGUCUCCAUUUUUCUGGUUGCUGUCAUGGUGCCCGCCACCUUAGCUCGAGGUGGAUUAGCGAGUUGUUGUCGCAAAAUUUCAGACACGCAAGUCCAUCGAGACCUGCUGACCAAGUAUUACACCCAACGACCUCCGUCUUGCCCUUUGCACGCUGUGGUUUUCAUCACCUUACAAAGCAAGAGAAUCUGCGCCGACCCUUACAAGUUGUGGACGCAGACAAGCAUGGCGUACCUCGAGGGGAAGAACUGCCAUCCCCGACAGCUUGGCAAACAAAGGAAGCAGACAAUUUCUCAUGAACGGCAGUAA